AUGUCUAAUAAUGAACUACUAACAGAUUCAAAUUCGGUAUCAAAUAGUGAAUUAAGUAAAGACAACUAUACUACUAUUCAAUUAUCUCCUGGAUUUCCAAAAGCUUUGAGACUUUUGGAAAUCAAAGCUUAUUCUAAUAUGAUAAAUGAAAUAUAUUGUAAAAUAAUAGAUGCUUUUA